AUGUCCGACCUGCCACGACUCGUCCACGAAUCUACUCCUACGUCGUCUUCACCCUCAGACCGGGCCUUCUCUCCUUCUUGUCCCUUUUGCGCAAUAACAGGGACAUACCCAUCAGUUUCACCUAUAUUGGCACCCGACGAAGCGGCGUCGAAGCUCGAUCCCGAAAAGCUGGACCCGCCUUCCUUCGUGCUCUACUCCAGCGAGCAUGUCGUUGCGUUCUUGGACAUCAUGCCCCUGACAAGAGGGCAUGUGUUGGUGGCGCCUCGCAAGCACCGUGUCAAGGUUGGAGAUCUAAGUCCCGACGAGGGCGCCGAGAUUGGACGAGUCCUCCCUGUUCUGGCCAGGUCAGUGCUCAAGGCUGUAUUGCCGGACAUACCGCACGAGGAGGCUGAUUACAACGUUGUGCAGAACAACGGGCCGGGAGCCGCACAGGUUGUGCCCCAUGUCCAUUUCCAUAUCGUGCCGCGGCCGCCCCUGAAUUAUAAAUAUCCGACCCCCAGCCCCAACACACACCCGGCCUCGAAGAACAAGUAUCCCCGAAAUCCACAACCUUCAGGUCGUCAAGCUACGGCCAUUCUCUUCGGUCGCGGGAUGCGUGAGGAUUUGGACUACGAUGACGCGUCGAUCCUGGUUGACACCAUGCGCGCAGCUUUGAAGGAGGAAUGGCAAGCGAGCUUUUCGCAGUCGACUGGGACGGCAGACACUUUUACAAAGGACCCUUCAGAUCCAGAUGCGGAGCUCAGCGGUAAUGGAGGAGGCAAUGGCAGGAGGGGAGCCUGGAAAGUCUGA